AUGAGGGUCAUUAAUGACAAACUUUCAGUAAUAUGUACCCCGAUGCGGCUCUUGGCCCAGCGGCUCUUCGCCCAGCGACUCUUCGCCCAGCGGCUCUUCGCCCAGCGGCUCUUCGCCCAGCGGCUCUUCGCCCAGCGGCUCUUCGCCCAGCGGCUCUUCGCCCAGCGGCUCUUCGCCCAGCGGCUCUUCGCCCAGCGGCUCUUCGCCCAGCGGCUCUUCGCCCAGCGGCUCUUCGCCCAGCGACUGGUGGCCUCGGGUGUCCCACAUGUGUCAGUGUCCUGCACGAUACGCACCACAAACAUUGCUAUAAUCUCCUUAAAGUCAUCAUCUAGAUGGUCCGGCUCUAGGGACCCCUUCAAGGGCGCCAGAGACCCCUUCAAGGACUCCAGAGACCCCUUCAAGGACUCCAGGGACCCCUUCAAGGGCGCCAGAGACCCCUUCAAGGACUCCAGAGACCCCUUCAAGGGCGCCAGAGACCCCUUCAAGGGCGCCAGAGACCCCUUCAAGGGCGCCAGAGACCCCUUCAAGGACUCCAGAGACCCCUUCAAGGACUCCAGCGUCUGA